AUGUGGGCGCCGUGUGUCUCCGCCCAUGCAGUGUCCAGUCCACAGGGGGCGUGGCUGGCAUUCCGCCUCCCGAUGCGUGGAUACCCACAGAUCCAGCAAUACGGCGAAGUGAAUCAGCUGGGCGGCGUUUUCGUGAAUGGGCCCUUCCGAAACCACGUGAGGAUGCGCAUCGUAGAGUUGGCACAGCUGGGCAUCCGUCCCUGCGAUAUCUCGAGGCAGCUGAGGGUCUCCCACGGCUGCGUCUCCAAGAUCCUGGCCAGAUACAACGAAACGGGGUCCAUCCUCCCCGGGGCCAUCGGGGGCUCCAAGCCCAGGGUGACGACGCCCAAGGUGGUCAACUACAUCAAGGACCUCAAGCAGAAGGACCCCGGCAUCUUUGCGUGGGAGAUAAGGGAGCGACUCCUGAAGGACGGCGUGUGUGACAAGUACAACGUGCCGAGUGUCAGUUCGAUCUCGAGGAUCCUGAGGAACAAGAUCGGGUCGCUGCACCACCUCGGCUCGCAGAGCCCCUACGACGUGAAGCACCCCGCCUCCUCGCUCUACAACUCGCUCUACCCGGCGGCCGCAGCCUACACCGCCGCCGCCGCAGCCUACUCCUCGAUGGCGCCGCCCGCGGCCAUGCAGCAGGGCUCCGCUCAGGUCCCGUCCGCGCCCGUCCCGCCCACGAGCGCCGCCGCCUCCGGCGCGGGCGGCGUGAAGGCGACCACCACGCCCUCGCCGCCGGUGUCGGGCGCCACCUGCGGCAUGGGCGGCAUGCGGCCCCACUGGCCGUCGUCGCACACGGUGUCCGACCUGCUGGGCCACGUCAACAUGGCCGCCGCCGGCCUGCCGCGCCACCACCCGAUGCAGGACGCCAACAGCUACAACUACUACAUGUACUUCCAGUCGUGCGGGCCGCAGAACAACUCGCUGGCGCACAACGGCCUGCCCAACCACCUCUCGUCCUCGCUCGCCAACGGCUUCUCCAGCCCGCUCGCCAACCCGCUCUCCAACGGCCUCCCCAACGGCCUCUCCAGCGGCCUGGCCAACGGCCUCUCCAACGGCCUCUCCAACGGCCUCCAGAACGGCUUCGGGAACCCGCUCAGCUCCAUGAUGAGCGGCUCGGCCCUCACGCCGCAGACCGCCACGCUCUAAUGCAGGCAGCGCCGCCCGCGCCCUCACGCCCGCGCCUCCAAACCUCAAGCACCAAUUAACCACUCACGCCACGCCCUUCCCAUGUUCCCCAACCACGAAAGUGACAAACGCAAAACAAUAAAAAAGCGAAAAGACGAGAAAAUACAGUCGGCGUUCGAAAAAGCCGCCCCCGACAGACGAGUUUCCAACGCAGCGGCAGCGCCUUCCCGCGGUGCCCAGCGCCUUAAUUCGGGCCAUGUGGCGCAGCCGGUACACUGCAUACCCCCAGCUGGUACACACUGCAUGCCCAGACGGUACAUUUACAUGCUUAACUAGCUAUUAAAACGGAAAGCAACAAAGUGUCGAACCUCUGCGAGUGAUUUCUUUAUUUGACGCAGACAGAGAGUAAAAGGUCGACCGUGAAAAAGGUGUCGCUCGUUAAGUACAGUUAUUUGGGACUUGAACUUCUGUUUGUUAUGGAAAUGAAUCCAGCCUCCUACCUCUAACAGUGUUACUUCAUCCAGGAUAUUCGCUCCUGGUGAGUGUUGUGUACAUAUACAUAUGUAUAUAUAUAUUGUAAAUGUGUGUCAUGUUUCAUUAUUCUUGUUAGUUGUUAAGAAGUGAAAAUGUUUGUGUACCUUACUCUUUGUUCAUGUUAGUGUGCGAAUGAGAGAGCGAGAGAAAGAGAGAGAGAGAGAGCAUUAUCAUCUGACCAAAUAGAUUAGGAAUUCACAAUGUACACGUCAUUCAUACCAUCAAGGGUACAUUGCGUCAUACGUCAUGCAGAUAUUAUGUCAAAUGUCCAUGUAUAUGUGUGUGCGUGCGUAAGUGUGUGUGUGUUCGUGAUGUGAUGUGAUGCUGCCUUGCUUAGUUAGCUUUAUUACAUUUAUCAUAAUUAAACAUUAGCAUAUUGUAAAACGAAAAAUAAAAACGAAUUCCCAUUGUAUCCUCGGGUAGCAGUACUUAUCUUUCCCCUCAUACCUUCCCCCUCCCCCCCCUCCGCCCUCACGGAUCAAAGGGGAGGUGGGGGGUAGGAGGGGGCUUAUGUAAUGUUCUUAAUUAUAAGGUUAUCAUGUAAGUC